AUGGGAAGAGUUGUCAAAAGCAUUGAUUUGGAUAAUGUUGUUGUGCGAAGUUCACGACUUCAAUAUCUUGUUGCUGAAUAUGAUGAGAAUGGCAAUUGUUUCAUUUACGUUGCUGAUGCUGGAAGUCGUGCAAUUCUUGUAUUGGAUGUACAAAAAAAUAAAAACUUCCGAGUUGUUCUCCCAGGUGCAUGCGGUUCAAUUAAUAGUUUUCCAGAUGUUUUGUACAUUGUUUUACUACGAAAAACUUGUGGAACGUGUUUCUUUACUUCACUUAUCUGA